AUGUCUAUUCAUUUCCCAGAGUCAGCUCUGGAUAUGAAUAACAUUGGAGGCAAAAGCUGAAAAGAGUAUUGACAAAGGCUCACUUUUACGAUGGGCAAACUCUCCUUUUAAUGGGUACUGCCAUGUUUAAAAGACAAAGCAAACCAAUGCAAGAGCUGCUGGGUCCAUCUGGAGCUCAUUUCAACAGCUGGGUUUUUGUGCCAGGUAAAGAACCUGAGGUUGACCACAAACUAAUCAGCGGACAAAUCCACAGGAAUCUAUUGCUUGAGGGGCUCAGAAAACAUAACCAGCAAUGAAAUUCCUCCUACAAGUUGAACAUCAAGGGUGCUUCCAGACUGGCUGUUUUUAGCACUAUCUGAGUGGGCCACAUAUGGAACUGCAACUGACUUCCCACACUUCUGGGGAUACAGCACUUUUUCAGAGGAUAAUACUUCUGCAAACAUUCCAUAGGCAUGACAGCCACAGGGAAGAGAUAAAGCAAAAUGCUGAGGGAGAGGCAUGGGCUUGAUGAGGAAUCAGAAAGAGGGAAGUGGAAGAGUGGAGAAGAGGAGAGGAAUGUUGAAGUUACACAUGCUGGAACUAUGCUUCUUCAAAAGAAAGGAGGUAAUUCCAGAGCCAAUUCCUGUUUUGAUUCGGUUUAUGUGCUAUUUAUGGAAAGUAUGUUGGGGUUGGGAAGAGCGCUCCAGGCUAUAUUCAGCCUGCCCAAGCCUGUGGGAGCGGAUUGGGGCGACGAGGUAUUGCCAUGAUGACUCCCUUUUAAAUCGAAACAAGGUUGGAGAGGAUUGGAGAAGAGCAGGGGGUUUCAACGUUCCAACGUCUCUUCGAAAGGGGGUGUCUUGUCUUCUAUUCACAGGCAUAAUCGUGAGUUUCAGAGGUUACCCUUGGAUGUGGCCAUUCACCAAUACCAACCAGGAGAUUGGGUACGAGUUCGGAAGUGGAAGCAACAGCCUUUGCAGCCUACGUGGGGACCCCCGGAGCAGAUCAUUUUGAUUACCGAAUCGGCAGUAAAGCUCGUAGGCCAUAAGCGGUGGGUCCAUGCCAGUAGGAUAAAGAAAGCAGAGCCUGUCAUUACUGAGGAACCAGAGAAGGGAGUAGCCAAGGACUCCCCACCUGGAGAGGCGAAGGAUCAGACGCCUGAAGAAAAGUGGUUAUCGGAAACCAUACCGGGUUUCAACUUGAAGCUCAAGUUGAAGAAACAGAAAGACUGAGAUUGGAGAAAAGUUCCAAUAAUAGUAAUCCAAUUUAUAGAUACAGAAAACAACAUCUAUAUAACAUUGCUCGAACCUUUCUGAAUUCUGUUUUUCCACCCGAUAUUAAUCUCAGAACUGGACGCCUAAGGUGGUAAAUGGGAGGGUCUCCACCAACAAAGCCACCGGAAGCAUACACUGUAGAUUGGAGAUUUGAAUCUGAUCAAACUUGGGGACGUACAAGAGUAAAAGUUAUUUUGCCCCAUGUUCCAUUGAUUGCCGAUAUACCAAAAGAUCCUAGACAGUAUUAUUAUCAUCCCAUUAUAGAGACAAAACUCACACACAGGCGAUGAGUGUGGCGUGUAAGGGCAGGUCGCUACGUCCUUGAUCAAGGCCCUUAAGUCAAUGGGAGGAAGUGUUCCACCUUCCCCAUUAAUUGCAAUAAUAGCUGCAAGAAAUGAAAGGAACUAUCAAAGGUAUCUUUGAGUUCCUGUAGUAGUAAUUCAGAAACGACCACCUUUAACUGGUUCACGUCUUGAUAGACAAUAUCAGUGGCAUACAGUGGUUCGGACUUGGGUGAAUCACAGAAUUCCAAACAGUGGUAUUAGAUUUGUGUACUAGAUUUGUGGCCUAAGUUGUAUCUCGUGUUAAAAUGGGAAGAAACUCAGCAGAUAUUAAUUCUCUGGGCUUUAAGCCUAUCCUUGGUACUAUUUUGUGUUUCACUUCUUUAUUUGUGGUAUAUAUCUGCCUCCCAACUCCUUUUUCUACUCAAGAAGCGGGAAUAUGUAGAGGUCAAAGGAGCUCAUUCCAGAAGGAAAAAAGGGAAAAUGUGUUUGUUGAACUCGCUCAGGAGGUAGCCAAAGGGUUUAACCUCACAAAUUGUUGGAUUUGUGGAAGUCCAAAAGGAUUUUUAAAAUGGCCAUGGAUAGGAUUUCCCCUUGCACCCUACUGGCUUUUAAGUAAUAAAAGUGAAGUACAUGUUAAUCUGAGCACCUGGACAGAGCCACAUGAAUGGGAGUUGUACAAAUCAAGUUUGGGCAAAUAUUGUCUCCAACAGAAUAUUUCAAGAGGCAAAUAUGUUGGAGCCAGUAAAUGUAAUUGGACGUUGGGAUGGCGAGAGUAUUGUUCUAUUGGUAAUUGUCCAGUUACAAACUGUACUAAAUUUGUUUCUCAAUGGAAUAAUACACACAUCCAACUCGAAAAUGGAACAUGGUGCUCAUGCAUUCCUGGUGCACGUAAUCGGAGUUCAUGCAGGUCUAAAUGUUCAGAUCCUUACACAGAUGUUCAAUUGAGUGACUGCCAAGAAAGGAAUCUAACGAUUCCUACCAUCUUAAAAGAUCAAGGUUGGCUAUGGAAACACCUUAAUGGAACUGUUAUUAUGGGAUUUCAGAAUUAUUGGACAGUAUGGAACCAAACUAAUAAUGAUACUAGAUGUACAUACAGAAAUGAAUCCCAAUUAUGGAAGUGUAAUUUUGUUUUGGGACAAGGAUACCGCAUUGUCACAGGCCCUCUCGGUGCAAAGGAUACAUACUACAUUCCUUAUAAUAAAAAGUCUCCAAUUUUACACAAUACUACUAUGCCUGCACUGAAAGGACACUAUUGGAUUUGUGAUCAGAAAGCUUAUGCAAUCCUCCCCUUAAAUUGGACUGGCAUUUGUUAUGUUGGAAUCAUACAGCCAAUGUAUACCAUAAAAGGUGGAAACUUAAAUCCUUUAGUCCCAGUGUUUGAUGAAGAACAGUCUGAAAGAAAGAAAAGGGCACUUGAUCUUUCUUUGACAAAAGGCCAAGAUAAUGGUUGGAGGGACACUUGGCCUCCAGAAAGGAUCAUUGAACAUUAUGAUCCUGCUUCAUGGGCACAAGAUGGUUCAGCGGGAUACCGUGGCCCAAUAUAUAUUUUGAAUCGCCUUAUUAGACUUCAGGCGGUAAUAGAGAUAAUAACCAAUCAAACAGCUGAAGCUUUAACCUUGCUUGCUGAUCAAUCAACUCAAAUGAGAGAAGCGAUACUUCAAAACCGACUGGCCUUGGAUUAUUUGUUAGCCAAAGAAGGAGGUGUCUGCGGACUCCUUAAUUUGACAGAAUGUUGUGUGAAAAUUGAUGACAACGGCAAUAUAGUAAAAGACAUUGCUAAUAAAAUCAAAAAGCUUGCUUAUGUUCCAGUGCAAACUUGGAAAGGAAUAAAUCUUGGAGCCUGGGGAAGUUGGUUCAAUUGGUUUGGAGGAAUGAAGACAAUGAUUGUAUUGGUUCUUUUGAUUUUAAUGGGAUGUAUGCUUUUACCUUGCCUAAUGCCUGUAAUCAUGAAUGGUAUUCGCAGCAUCAUAGAUAAUGCAGUAACUAAAAGUAGUAUGCAGAUGUAUGGCAGAAUUAUGUAUCAACAAGUGAUCCAGAAUGAAGAAGCUAUAUGAUAUAAAUAUCAAAAAGCUUCUAAGGGGGGAAUUGUGACACUGAAUUCUACUUGUCUGAAUUAAUAACAUAUUUUGUUUAAUUAGCUUUCUUUGCAUGGUUAAAGUAAAAAGAAAUAUUAGGCCUGUUUUGAAUUCAUCGUAGAAAUGAACUGGGAAUCACCUUGCUUGUGCUAAAAUGCUGGUGGUUAAUUUACUUGUGUGUGUGGAAGGAGAAAUGCUAAUUUGCUGAAUUGAAGAAUCAUUGUUUGUUUAAAGCUGUGUCUGCAAAAUAGAUAACUAUGUUGUUCUCACAGGCUUUUAGUUGCAAAUGCACCUGUGCCCAGACUAUGUUGCAAACUAUCUUGCAGAGAUACAAGGUCAAUAUGAACAUAACAAGUGUGAAAAACAAUCUCCUAAUAUGGUUACCAGGAGGAAAUGGGCAUGGAUUAAUGAUGUAGUUAUGAUGUAGAUAUGAUGAGAUUGAUGCAUGCAUAAUUAGUAAAAUAAAGCUUAUAAAAAGGCCAACCCAGCAGAGUCUGUCAGAACUGGCUUGGCCCUUCUCCACGUGCACGUGUUAGAAAUAAAUAUACUCUAUCCUC